UCAAUUGAAACGUAAACAAAGCGCUCGCAACGGCAGCAACGCUCCGCGCACGGGAGCAUUCUGCACCGAUUCUAGUCGUUUUUAAAUCACUUUUCACUCACCUUCACCGCUAAGAAUAUAAAGUGUCCGGAUCCGGAGGCGCCCCGAACGAAAAACGGCAAAAUGAUACAGCAUGAAAACAAUCGCGUACAAAUGACGAAAAUGCGGCUGCUGCGGGAGUACCACAUCAAGGUGCUGGACAACUGGCUGUCCGAGUGUGUGUCGUUCUGUGUGCAGGAAAAUCCCACCAUUUCCAACGAGGGCGUGUUUCAGUUCGCAUUUAGCCAGUGGUUGCUGGCGGAUUUGAAGGAGAUCGGUACCGGGGUGCUGCCGCCGGGACUGGCCCAGAAGGGGGAACAGCACACGAUGAGCGGCUCGUUUCCGGUUCAGAUGCAGUACUUGAUGGACAUUUCUGAACCGGCGUACGACCAGUGGCGAGCGCUGUACGACAAAAAGCUGGACGAAGCGGACGACGAGGUGCAGAUGAGGAAAAGCCAAGCACCGAACGUAAAGAAACGAAGAAUGCUUAAACUCGAACUGACCGAUGGCAAACAAACGGUAGUAGCGAUGGAGCACAGUCCCAUCCGCUGCCUGAACACCAAGCUAACGCCCGGCUUGAAGCUGCUCCUAACCGGUCCGUUGCGCUGCAUCAAUCAGGUCAUCUUUCUCGAGCCGCGCAACGUGCGCGUGCUCGGCGGUGAGGUCGAUGUGCUGCUGAUAACGAACGCGUACGAGAAUGUGCUGCUGCGCGCGCUUAACAAACCGGCCAACCCGACCCCCAAGCUGGACUACGAAGAGCCGGACGUGUCGGAGGCUAGGCAUCGCGCCAACUACAGCGCAAUACAAUCGAUUCCGAUGGAUCGGAAGGCGGGCGGCGGCAGCAGCCAUCAUCAGGUGCCGAAUCAACGGGCACAUCAAAGGAAAUCUCCCGCCAUCGUGGAGGAUGAUGUGGACGAUUCGCUGCUGAUGGGCAUCGAUCUGGAUGUGAUCGAGUCGACGCAACCGAAACCGGAGCAGGUGCCGACCGUUAGCACACUGAUGGACGACGACGAUAUGGACGCGUUUGCCGUGCAGCUGGUGGAUGUGCCGCGGGAGCCGGAAAUUAUGCACCACCAGGUAUCGUCCACAAAACAGUCGCAAUCGUCGCCCGUAGCCCGUAAGGUGGCGCCAGCUCCCCUACGUCGCCCGGAACCGACGUACGAGGGCUUGAUUGAGGACGAUAUCGAUGUGAUGAACGCGCUCGAGGAUCAAAUUCAGAGCGAGCUGAGGGGCUUCGAUCGGUUGGAUGAGCAGUACGAUGAGGUAGCGCCUCCGAGGGCUAAAAAAUCCAGACCCUCGGAUGAGUAUCGGCAAGAGCAAGGGGAAAUGGAGACACUGCCACAGCCAGCCGCGUCCAGCAAAAGUAAAAGCCCCGAACCGGCGCCCACGACCGGCAAGAAGUUCAACCAAUUCACCACCUCGGACCUGUUCGAGGACAGCAUGGACGGGAUGGACGCGCUCGAGCUAAACGAACGGCCAACCACGCUCAGUAUCGUCGCGCCCAGCUACCCGCACCGUAUCGAUGGUACCAGCCUGGCGACGAUCGAUCAACUGAUGGCCCUGCCGGAGGAGCAGCGCCGUUCGGGCGCUGCCUUCGUCGUGUACUGCGAGGUGGAAGCCGUCACCGAGCAGCCCCGCAUCCGCAGGGAGCAGUGGAACCUGAGCGUGGAGCUGACGGACCAGUCGGCCGUACGGUUGCCGGUCCGGCUGCACGACCGCGUCAUCAGCCGCAUGACGCGCCACGACGCGGCGGAGCUGAUGCGGCUGCGCAAAACCGAUCGCGACGGCGUGAUGAAGCUGCUGGAUAGGAUACUGAGCGAGCUGAAGGAGCUGCUGCAGGACAUCAAGUGCUUCUGGCGGGUGGUUUACGAGCCGGAGUCGGACUCGGCACUGUCGGGCGGCCAGCCCCUCCAGCCGGUGGUGAUGGAAACGUACGAAAUGAGCGAAGAGCGCGGAGCGAUCCUGCUGGAGAAGAUCAUCAAGGAGAACUGUAGCCAGUUGAGAAAAUUGUUAUAGAUCGCAAUAGAAACGGAAGGCAAAUACAAAUUCAUUAAACAAAAACAGGAAA